CUUAGUCACCCCACAAACCAUAUUGCUCUCUCUUCUUCAUCCACUUCCUCUCUUUCUCUCAUCAAACACAUCAUCACAUCUUGUCUCAACAGCCCAUCAUCACAAUGACCACUCAAGAACCAGAACCAAACUCAACUUCAGAUCACAUCCUGGACUGGCUUGAAGAUUCAGUUACUUUCUUCCCAACUUUCUUGGAUGAUCCUUACCAUUCAAAUGACAUCAAUGGCCUUCAGUGGUGGGAUGAGAGCCAUGAUCUGAUUCAUUCCAACACCACUUCUACUUCUCUCAACAACCUUACUAGCAUUGCUCUCCCUACCACCACAAGGCCCCCAAAUCCCACAAAUUUGAAUCAGCAGUCGCCGUCUGAUUCGUCCAAGAAACAAAAAGUCUCCGAUGACCAACAUAUUGAUCAGAAGAAUCAUGUCCGUCCGAUCAGUCAGGCGGGCCAGGGGGACCAAUUAGUUGAAGACAUAGUGGUGCCAGUUAAGAGAACAAAUGGGAACAAAAAAAGCACAGCUAAGACUACAGGGAAUAACUGUAAUAACGGUAAUAGCAAGGAGGGGAGGUGGGCAGAGCAGUUACUAAACCCUUGUGCUUUAGCCAUCACAUGUGGGAAUCUGACACGUGUCCAACACCUUCUGUAUGUUCUGCAUGAACUUGCCUCUCUUACAGGCGACGCCAACCACCGCCUGGCGGCUCAUGGCCUCCGAGCACUGACUCAGCAUCUGUCCUCCUCUGUCCCCCAUGGCUCUGCCUCAGCACCACCUGUUACUUUUGCUUCCACAGAGCCAAGAUUUUUCCAGAAAUCUCUGCUCAAAUUCUAUGAGGUUAGUCCAUGGUUUGCUUUCCCAAAUAACAUUGCAAACUCUUCAAUCCUUCAACUUAUUGCUGAAGAAUCUGAUCGAACCCGAAACCUUCACAUUGUUGAUGUUGGUGUGUCUCAUGGUAUGCAAUGGCCUACUCUGCUUGAGGCUUUGACUCGGAGGCCGGGUGGUCCUCCCCCAUUGGUGAAGAUCACAGUUGUUUCUGCUGCUGCCAACACUGAAAAUAACCAAAACAGAGAGAACAGAGAGACCCCAUUUUCAAUAGGUCCUCCCGGUGACAAUUUCUCCUUUAGACUUCUUGGUUUUGCCAAGUCCAUGAACAUCAAUUUACAGAUCAACCGUCUCGACAACCAACCAUUACAAAAUCUAAAUGCUCAAGUGAUUGACACCUCCAACGACGAACUGUUGAUUGUCUGUGUGCAAUUCAGACUCCACAACUUGAACCACAACACCCCAGAUGAAAGAACUGAGUUCUUGAAAGCACUGAGAAACAUGGAGCCAAAGGGGGUGAUCCUAAGUGAGAACAACAUGGAGUGUAGCUGCAACAAUUGUGGGGACUUUGCCACGGGGUUUUCGCGGCAAGUGGAGUACUUGUGGAGGUUCUUGGACUCAACUAGCUCGGCGUUUAAAGGGCGAGAGAGCGAUGAGAGGAGAGUGAUGGAAGGAGAGGCAGCAAAGGCUUUGACAAACCGCGGAGAGAUGAAUGAAGGGAAGGAUAAAUGGUGUGAGAGAAUGAAGGGGGUGGGGUUCGUAGGGCAGGUGUUUGGAGAGGAUGCCAUAGAUGGAGGAAGAGCCUUGCUGAGGAAGUAUGACAACAAUUGGGAGAUGAGAAUGGAUGAGAAAGAUGGGUGUGCAGGGUUGUGGUGGAAAGGGCAGCCUGUUUCUUUUUGUUCAUUGUGGAAGACUGAUGUGAAAGUAAGUAACAGUUAAAAAAAACACACACACACACACACGCACACACAAAACAUUUGUUAGUAGUGAGUGUUUCUCUCUCUUUUCUCAUGUCUUGAAUUUCAGAGGGUAUAAGAUAAGAGUUUUUAUAUGUAAAUGCUGGCUUUGCAAUUUAGUGUUCCAGCUAUAUCUCCUUGAUUUCAUUUCAUUGCUCUUUUUGUGAUUUGCCCAACUAUAUACAGUGGGCAACAAUUUGUGAUACUUUUUUGCCUUAUUAUCACUACCAAGAAGUCAGUUCCUUUAAACCACACCAUACAGAGACAUUGAGAACUUGAGAACCAGUAAAAUCAAGAAAACAAAAAGGACACACAUGUCUAUCUACUCCGGGUUUGAAGCCCAGAGGCUCCACACAUGUCUCAGCCCAU